AUGUCUCUUCCUUACUCUGAUGACUAUCCUAUCAAGUUCCCACAGCUCACUGGUCCCGAGAACUAUCGAGAGUGGGUCGAGGGUCUCAGAAUCGCUGCAUCAAUACAGCCUGGUGUCGACGAAGUCCUCUUCGGAGACACAGAAGUCCAAGAGCCUCCCGAUGCAGCCAAAUUCUUCACUGCCAAUAAAGACCUUCUGCCAGCACCAUUCGAAGGUCUUGGACCGUAUCUAGGAGAAUUCGAUCGUCUUCAAGCCUAUGUCAGCGCCAACACGCGUUAUCAGACCAAUCAAGCUCAAGUUGCCCGCGCCCGGGAGCUGAUUCGCUGUAAUCCGAUAGAUAUCAUCGAUCAGCUAGCCACUCUCUUCGAUCAUGAGAACCUCGCCAAACAUCGAUCCGAAGCAGUCGCACAAACGAAGAAGCUCGUGUUCCCCGAUCCUAUUCAUAAUAAUUCCUCAAUCUCGAUUCUGGGCUACCUCUCCGCCUUCAUGCAACAACGCAAUGCCUACAACGGUGAAGUCUGGUUAGAAGGCGAAGUGGACGACUCACUCUGGUGCAAACGCAUGGUCGCCGGUCUAAAAGGUCCAUGGAAGGUUCUCGCCAAAGGUCUCCAUUUCCACCAUAAUUCGGGAAAUGUCACCGUCCUGACGCGUUUCCUACUGCAGUGGGACGGUAUCAUGCCCAAUAUGUUGUCGAGCACGAAUUUCGUCAGUCUCCAACAAGUCCAAUACGUGGAACAAGUCCUCAAAACUUACAAUGGUCCUCCCAUGGGCUUCUUUCCGGUGCUGGGUGCUACCAAUGGCGACGACGGUAGCGACGAGAACACCACCGCCACCAUGAAUUGGAUCCUGUCCUUUGCUGAAACACAUCUCGUCGUGGACACGGAGCGGUACUUCUCCAAAGGCACCAUCACUCCACUCCGUGUUCCAGACGACACUGAGGCUCCGACUGGCGGUAUGCGCUUCAUCCUGGGCGGUGGCAAUGCCUCUCUGAAGCUGACGCAUGUCGACCCAACCGAGGACAAGGAGAAGGCCGAACUUGUGCUCAAGGCGUGUCUCUUCGUUCCCGAUUUGUCUCUGCGAGAUAAUCAUAUUUCGUUGCCGGCACUACAGCGUGAGGGCUGCUUCUGGUCGCUGGAGGGCACUGUGAUGCGAGUUUGGAGCAAGAAUGGCGCGGAGAUCUUGCAAGCAGAGAUCGAAAGAACGGGCAGAGGCAGCAAGUGGGUCGUGACGAAUGUCAAGGGCAAAUGGCAGUAA